CCUUGAGAGCCACCGUAAUUUGCUGUGACGUUAAGUGUCUAAACCAUUUAUUGUAAUGUUUGGUGACUAAACCAUUUUUACUUAAUCCCUCGCAGAUCUUAAAAAAAAACCUGAAGUGGAAUACUUUAAGAUUGCUGACAACCGCCAAACAGCUUACCUGAAUGGAACUGUUGAACUCAAGUGUAAAUUACUGCAUGUUGACGCUCAUAUGUGGCUGUUGAAUGGAACAAGGAUUUCACAUGGUGAUCGUCACAAAAUGAUAAGGGAUACCACCAUUUGCAAACCUAGAAAGCUGUUUACCUUGAAAAUAAUAAACGUGACUGAGAAUGACGAGGGACGGUACACAUGCUCUGGAUAUAAAAAUGGUAUAAAGGCAGCAAAGGAUCUUUUCCUAAAAACAGAGCCAUGUCCAAGCGGUCAUUACUGUCCCCCCGAAGGAAACACAGCUUUCCCUUUCCCCAGGUCUCCGCCGACACCAACACCUGGUAUCAGCAGAGGAUACAGCUUCCACAGACCAGAUACCGCGAGAAUAUUAUUGUUCGCGGUAUUAGCUUUUACCUAUAACAAAUGCAAGUAACAGCUUCAGCGCACAUUUUAAUAGUGUGUCAUAAAAACAAAGCUGAGUAUUUAAAAGAGCUAAUCAGAUGAAAGGAAACUAUUGCAUUGAGAAGUCAAAGUAAGAACAUGGACACCAGCAAAGUCGUGGGAAAACGAGAGAGACUCAGACGUGAUCGAUUUUAGUCUUUCAUCUGAUUGGUAUAAAGAGUGGUGCGAGAUGUAUUUGCUAAACAUAGAGCGCAAUAGUAUAUGGUAAAAUCAAUGCAAUCCCGGAUUUCUUUCCAUACUCAACUGAAAAUUGCAAAUGAAACGUCAAGUAAGAAUUCACUAUUUGAAAGAAGCACUCCGAAAGCUUUAAACUUUUUACUAAAACAAGAAACAGCUUUAACAUUAUUAAGCUUUGUCAAGGCGGACUGGAGAGUUCAGUUGUUUAAAGACAAACUAAAUGGUUUGUAAUUAUUGAAGAAGCUUUAACAUUCAUUGUAUACAAUUAUGAGUUCAUUCAAUUGAAAUUAAACCGCAAGUUGUCUAGAUUCAGAGAUGCAAGGUAGGAUUAACAGGCAGGUUGAGCACAACAUGUACUGGAGGCCUUAUCUUAUCGUGUUAUAAAUGUAGUUGCAAGGUUAUAAUUCGAUAAUAAUGUUGUAUGUUUAGGAUAUAAUUCUUGUGUUUCUCCAUAGUUCUGUAAUGGACAAUUAUAUCAUUAAAAGAACAAGUAA